AUGGCGGAGUGGCAACCAAAGCGCAACUCCGACUACACGAAGGUAGGAUCCAAGUGGUCCUUCGGGGCACCGAUCGGGGCUAUCAAGGGUGGCCAGGUGGACGCCUUGGCGUGCCUCGAGGUGAGCGAGGACGACGGGGUCGUCGUGGAGUGGAUCUGCGGCAACCCCGUCACCCUCGGCAUCCCAGGCAACGCCGUUGAGUGGCUCGCCAAGGGCAUCCACGCCCUCUGCGGGAAGAGGCUAGAUCUCCCGGUGACGAUAUCGCCGAAGGCGAGGGGGGAAGGGGGCGAAGGGGGGCAAGGAGCGGCUGGCGGCGGCGGCAGCGGCGGUUAUGGUGGGAGAGGAGGCGGUGGUGGUGGAAAGGGCAAGAGGAAUAGCGGGGGCGGCGGCGGCAAGAAAAAGAGUGGCUCAAAGAAACGCCGAUAG